AUGACCAUGCCCCAAGAUAACCUUCCAAUCCAGGCGGACGCCAUCAUUGUAGGCGGUGGAUUCUCCGGAAUCUAUGUCUUCCACCGACUGAGAGACCAGCUAGAUCUGAACGUCAAGAUUAUUGAAGCGAGCUCAGACUUGGGUGGAGUCUGGCAUCGGAAUGUUUACCCCGGAGCUCGAGUGGAUUCCCCGUCUCCCGUAUAUGGAUUCGGGAUUGAGGAGGUCUACAAGACAUGGACUUGGUCGCAGGCAUACCCAGGACAAAAGGAGCUGCAGGCUUACUUCGAUCAUGUCGACUCAGUCCUAUCUAUUAAAAAGGAUUGCAUUUUCAAUACUCGUGUAAACGGGGCGUCUUUCAAUCCCAAAACUGCGAAGUGGACUCUCCGUACUGACGAUGGAAGAACGGCCGUCGCAAAUUAUUUCAUCCCCGCAAUUGGCUUUGCGGCCAAGGAGCAUAUCCCGGACUGGACAGGAAUUGAGUCCUUCAAGGGUACGAUACACCACUCCUCAAACUGGCCUCGUGAGGGAGUGGAUGUUACGGGGAAACGCGUUGCUGUCAUCGGGACCGGUGCAACAGCAAUCCAGAUCAUCCAAGAAUGGGCCAAAGAAGCGGGCGAGCUGUUCGUCUUCCAGCGAACCCCAUGCUUGGCACUCCCAAUGAACCAGAAACACUUUACCCCAGCGGAGCAAAAGCAAAUAGCAGCAGGUACAGCGGGCCUGUUCAAACUCUCCAAGAAGACAUUGUCAGGCAUGCCCUACCACGCCCCGACCAAAGCGUUUGCCGACUUCACUCGCGAGGAGGUCGUGGAGUUGCUGAACCAGCUCUACGAUGAAGGUGGCUUCGGUCUCUGGGGCCUCUCUUACGUUGACCUUCUGUCGAGCCCUGAGGCCAAUCGAUGCACGUACGAUGUAUGGGCUAAACGGACUCGCGAGCGUAUCCACGAUCCUGUCAAACGCGACCUGCUGGCACCGUUAGAGCCACCACACCCUUUUGGCACGAAGCGCCCGUCAUUAGAACAAGAUUACUAUAAACAAUUCAAUCGACCGAACGUACACAUUGUUGAUACAAAGUCCCACCCUAUCGUGGAAUUGACACCGAACGGCAUCGUGACGGAUGACGGAAAACAAUAUAAAGCUGAGACCAUUGCUAUUGCGACUGGGUUCGACGCGUCGACUGGCGGUCUUUCCAAGAUGGAUAUCAAGGAUGUCAAUGGCGUCGACUUGUGUGAACGCUGGAGAUAUGGGAUCUCAACUCACCUCGGAAUGAUGGUCCCCGGUUUCCCAAACAUGUUCAUGCCAUAUGGGCUUCAGUGUCCAACCCCGUUCACGAAUGGGCCGGUUUUUAUCGAGCACCAGGCGGACUUCAUCCGCGAUUUGGUGCAGAAGAUGCAAAACGAGAAUAUCCGCUCCAUCGAUCCGUGUCCAGAUGCGGCGGAGGCCUGGAAGGCUGAAGUCAAGGCCGUUGGGGAUAUGUCUCUUUUCUCUCAGGCCAAGUCUUGGUAUAUGGGUGCAAAUAUUCCGGGCAAGACGGUUGAAAUGCUUUAUUAUUUCGGUGGCAUUGUUCGUUGGCGCGAGGCGUGUACGGAAGCUCUUGGGCCUAAGUUUGGAGAAUCGUUUGCUUGUCAUUAUUGCUAG